UGAACCCAUGCUAAAGAAACGUAAACCUGUGGACAUGUUACAAGUGCAAUAUACUGGCGAUUUUUUUCGGUUUCGGGGAUUGCCACGACUGUUGUGUAUGAAGGAAUGGAUGGAAUCAGCAUCGUCUCUGCUUAUUAGGAGUGAUUUUGUCUGUUGGCAGUGUCUCGGAUUCCCCUUGGCCAGAGACCCCCAACACAGCCAGCUGCCUCCCCAAAACCAGUCAGAGGUUGGCACAUGCCCGAUGACCCGAGGACCUGGUAUGGGGAGGCCUUGCGACUUGGCCUGCCAUCUUUCGGGGCCUUUCGCUCAGACGUGCUACCCGCUCGGUGGGCGAGGGAGGGCUUGUAGUGGAUGUGAAGUUGCCCACCACUAACGGUUACGAGAACUAAGAUUAGGAGAGUCCCCGCUUACGGCACCAGCUAAGCACCAGCUGGAGCGUGCUUGGCAACAACCUGUGCUGCCGUCUUCAUCCCUGGAGCCUUUUAUUUAAUGUACUUUUUACCUUUAAUAUUUGAAAGUUGUUACGCCCACACUUUGCUUAUUUAACUGAU